AUGUAUACUCAAUUUCUUCUCGCACUUAUACAACUUUUGGGAUCUGCCACAUCUCGGAAAAAUAUUGUAGGACAAGGCUACAGGCCAGCUGCUUUUCAAGGCCCUUCGACUCCCAGAGAUGUCAAUACGUUUUUCACAUUGACUGCUGGUAUCAAUCGUCGAAAGGGUGACCUUUCAGGCAUAGCUUCAGCUAAUCCACUUCAGAAGGGACACGAUUGGUAUACCAAUCUAAAGGUAGAAGGACAAACAUAUCCUGUCGUUAUCGACACAGGCAGCAGCGACACAUGGAUCGUGAAACCCAACUUUACAUGUUUAGAUUAUGGUACUGGAGCACCAACUUUACAAAGUGCAUGCUUGUUUGGUCCAGGCUAUGCCCCCAACUCAGGCUUUAAGCCUAUCCCAAACCAACAUUUCAAUACUACAUAUGCAAGUGGGGAGAAUCUAAAAGGAACUUUUGGUCUUGUGGAUGUAACUUUGGGUGGUAUUCCUGUCAAUGCUCAGAUUGCAACCGUCAACACAGCUGUAUGGCUUGGCGAUGGCACUACAAGUGGCUUAUUGGGUCUUGCAUAUCCAUCUAUCACCGCGGCGUUCAAUGACACAACUUUUGAUAAUGACAAAGCGGAAACUCAACUUCGAUAUGACCCUAUUUUUACCACUAUGUACAAAAAGCAACUCAUACACCCAAUCUUCAGUCUCGCUUUGAGCAGGCCCUCAAAUCGUAUCGGCCACGGCAACGGAUAUCUAGCCUUAGGUGGCUUACCCCCCAUUACCACCUAUGGAGCUUGGGCUACGGCUCCAAUUCAAAUUGUCGCCAUCGGAGAAGGAUACAUACAAGGUGCUCUUCCAUGGCCACAGCAUCAAGUCUACACCCUCACACCAGACAAUUUCAUCUAUCAUGGUAGUCAGCGCCAAAAAUGGAACCCCAAACACUGGUCCCCCCUAUCCAUGCCUAACAGCAGUUCCCAGGUCCAACUUUUCAUCGACUCAGGCACCACUCUUACCUUCCUCCCCAACUCCAUUUCCUCUGCUCUCGCGGCACUGUACAAGCCACCUGCAGUGUACAAUCUAGAUCUCUUCGCUUACUCCGUGCCAUGUAAUGCUAAAGUGCCGUAUUUUGCUGUCGUUAUUGGUGGCGUGUCGUUUCCUGUCGAUCCAAGGGAUAUGGUACAGGAUGAUAACACGGGUACGGGAAAUUGUGUGGCGGGCGUGAGUGAUGGAGAUCCGUUUGAUUUUUACACGCUUGGGGAUGUGUUCUUGAAGAAUGUGGUGGUGGUUUUUGAUGUGGGGGCUUCCCUGUUGAAGUUUAGGAGUAGGGGGCUCUAUUGA